AAAACUGGUUUAUUUUGUCAUUAAACGUGAUUUAUAAUGAAAGGUUACAAAAUAAUACAUAAAAAUCACUUUUAAAUACAUUUUUAAUUAUGGCAGUGCUCUGUGUAGAUCGUGCGGUGGAUACUGGAGAUGGGUUUAUUCAUGAGGGAAAUUAUUUUGGAAAUAAAGGGCCAUUAAUAGGAACCAGACAUGUUCAAAUCCUCCUCCUUGCUUUUUGCUUAAUGAUUGGCAUAGCAACCAGAGCCAGUAUGGCCGUCCAAAUAGUGGCAAUGACUUCAGAAGAUUCUUCAUCAAAUCCAGAUAUACCUAUCUAUGACUGGAGCAAUCAGAGCAUCAUUCUUUCCUCCUUCUUCUGGGCCUAUGUAGUAUCAAAUCUUUUUGCUGGCCCUCUGGAGAAAAAAUAUGGUCCCAAAUGGUUCCUUUUCGGCGCUAUUUUUAUAAAUUCCCUUUUUUAUACCCUUAUUCCUUUUGCAGCUGAAGAAUUUGGCUCGGCAGGUGUAAUUGCUUGUAGGAUUUUACAGGGCUUAGGGCAAGGAUUCAUGUUUCCAACACAGCAAGUAAUGCUUGGUCUGUGGGCACCCACUGAAGAAAGGGCUACUUGUGGAAUGGCUGUGUUUAUUGGUGUAACACUGGGUUCAACCCUAGCUACAGCCCUCACAGGAUAUUUAUCUUCCACUUCUUGGGGCUGGCCUUCCUCAUUUUACUUCUUUGGAGCUAUGGGAUUUUUAUGGUGCAUAAUUUACGUGUUUGUUGGGCAAAAUAGCCCUGAAACCCAUCCAAGGAUUACUCGAAGUGAAAAAAAUUAUAUUCAGUUAUCGCUUAAUCAACACCAACAAAUUGAUAUAAAAAUACCAUGGAAAAAAAUUAUCACGUCAGUUCCCGUAUUAGCAAAUUUCGUAGCGCAGGUUGGCAUUGCUUGGAGUAGCAAUAUGGCCGUGACCGAAUACUCGACUUACCUCUCUAAAGUCAUGAAUUUUGAUAUUAAAUCGAAUGGUUUGUAUAGUGCCUUACCUGCAGUGGUAGCCCUCCUAGCAGGAAUGUUUUAUGGUCCAAUGUCAGAUCUUGCUAUAAAAAAGCACAUUUUAAGGACAGUCAAUGCUCGCAGAAUUUGUCAGAUGAUUGGAGGAGUCGGUGUAGCCUUAAGCUUAAUAUUCUUAUCCUACUUAGACGAAUCUCAUAAAAUGAUAUCUAUAGCGUUACUUUCGCUUUUGUCGUUUUCCCAAGCAGCUGCCAAUUGUGGAAAUAUUAUUAAUAUGGUGGAUAUAUCCCCCAGAUUUGCUGGUGUUAUAUAUGGACUUUUAAACUCUCUUUCCCAAUCUAUCGCCUUGUUUGCUCCUAUUUUAGUGCAGUAUAUUGUUACUGACCAAACAGACGUUAACCAAUGGAGAAUCGUAUUUUUAACCACCGCUGGAAUAAUAUUUGGAACAGCGAUUAUUUUUACCAUAUUUGCGUCGGGUGAUCGACAGCCGUGGGAUGGGCCUGAAGAUCCUGAAAACGAGCAGGCAAGGAAAAAUUCAACUCAAUGAUAUCUUGAUGUCAAGCAUGUCUUAAUGAGGAGUGGUUUAUUUGCUCUUUUUAUUAAAAUUAUUAAUUAGGAUUUCAACAGGUAUAAUGUAAAUAAAAAUAAUCAACGUAUAUACGAAGAUACCAUUAGAAUAAAAA